AUGCUUAAUAUCGCCACUUUGCUGGUAUUUUCCUUUCUAAUGGGGAUUUCCUCAUUCGGCUCAGGUUUGCUCCCGUUAUAUCUGAAUCUCAAUGAGAUGCACAUCUCCUUGGUAUCAGCUCUAGGAACCGGGAUUAUCAUCUCUUCUGCGUUGACCAUAGUUUUAGAAGAGGGACUGAGCACUCUUCAAAGCUCAGGCUCUGAUCUUUCCAUGUUUGGUCCUUACAUUCUAUUUGGAUUCAUUGCUAUGUACCUUUUCGACAACCUCGGAAAAGCCUUUAGAUAUCAAAACCUGAGUUUAGACACGGGAAUUCAGGACAGGGACGUUAACGAACACAUUUACCCAGAGUCAUCCCAAUGGUCCAAUUUAUUCACAUCUGUCCUCCGCACUUCUACCACUUUAGGCCUUUGCAUACAUUCACUGACUGAUGGUAUCGCCCUUGCGUCUUCGAUAUUGACUAGGAAUAUGAGAAUAGGUGUGAUAAUAUUUUUCAUCGUUGCAAUUCAUAAAUUACCUUCGGCCUUUGCCUUGACCUCCAUUCUUUUGAGAGAAGGACUGCCCAAGGAUCUUAUAUACAAGCAUGUUGGAUUAUUCUCUCUUUCUGCACCUUCAGGGGCCAUAUUGACCUAUAUCAUAGCGAGAUUACUCAACCUCUCUGAUUUACCAUAUUACACAGGAGCGUUGCUUUUAUUCAGCGGCGGAACAUUCCUCUACGUAGGGUUCCACUCAUUAAUGACUAUCACAGACAAUAGAGGGAGGAUUUCAAAAUUAGAACUUGGUCUAAGUAUAUUAGGAAUGGUUCUACCGUUGGUAUUUAGCCUUCUAAGAGAAUAA